ACAGGCACAGUUAGCAUCAGCUGAUUCAGAAAAGCUGUUGACCUAUUUUAGACUUUUCUGCGACGUUCAUGUAAACCCCAAGGAAAGGGUUAACAGGCAAUGUGAUUAUCCCAUCUUGUGAUCCCAUUUCCAGCCAUGAAAGAAGGUAUUUUAUUUGUGCAGAAAGGGUCGUAUAUGCAGACGCACUCACUGCUUCAGUACAGACGCUGCUGGAGCUGCAAACCCUGCGUGAGGUGGAUCAGCUCAUUAUGUGUCCUGAUGCCGUGGUGGAGGGCUGCCGACCGCAGUGAAGAGUGUGAGAGCAGUGACAUGGAGACUGGGCCCUCGACCCCCGGCGGCCCUGCUGUGGUGCUGGGCCUCCAGAGACUCUCUUUUGCCUACCAGAGUCUCAUGGAGAUUCCCUACAACACCAUCCUUCAGCAGCAGGACACUUUGGAGGUUCUGGACCUCAGUUACAACUUGCUGGACGAGAACCCGGCUCUUUUGGCUGGUUUGGAGAAGCUCAGCACACUCAUCCUGGAUUGCAAUAACUACAACGCACAUGUCAAAUUCCCCUACAUGCCCAGCCUCACCACCCUGUGGAUCAACAAGAACAAAAUCAGCAACCUGCCCAUCAUUGUGGAGGAGAUCAGCUGCAAGUUCCCAAAUAUCAAAAUUUUCAGUAUGAUGAACAAUGAAGCGGCACCCAGUUACUUUAAUGGAGGCAGUCUCACGCAGUACAUGGAUUACAGGCAGUAUGUGAUCAGUCAGAUCCCCAGUCUGGAGGUGCUGGAUGACACAGAGGUGCAGGAGAAGGAGCGUGAAGUGGCCCGAAAGACCUACCGGAUGCAGAGAAUCAGAGAAGGCAGCCGGAGGAGGAAGGAGCUUCAUCGCUAACACUAUUCACUUCACCUGCUUCACCCGCUUCACCCGGACCACGAGCCAAGCCACUUACAAUCCACAACACCCAGAGCACUCCUUCCAGACUUCAUGAGCUUCAAAGCCUGGUGACAGGAAAGAAAUGUACUCAUGCACCAGAUUUAAAUUCAGAUUUGAAGUUACAACAAAUAAAUGUGAAAUGACACCAGAAAUAUUUAAAUAUUUUAACGUGCAACCGGUAACUGUCAGGGUUAUUUGCUGCCAGGGUUAAUAAACUAUAUUAAAUGGAAGAAUAAUUAAUUAACAAUUGUACAAACACAUUCAGCAUUCCUCAAAAUGAAUAAACCAUUGAAAUGCAAACUCAGAAUAUGAUGCAAACCUGCAAUAAUUAAAUACGUUAACUAACACAAAUAUCCUUUCUGUACUUAUUCCCAUUGUAUUGUCCAAUGUCUUUGCUGCUGACCUUUAAUGAUCCAAUUCAAGCAUACUAGCAAGCAAAAAUUACUUUAGAUAAACAUAACAUUUGUGUUUAAUUUUUUUUGGUUAUUUUGCCAAAAAUAUAACUUUUUAUAUUAAAAUAAACAAGCCCAGUCCAGAUGAGAAAAAGUAAUGCAAAAGUAACGUAACUAAAACAAUAACUUUUUUCGGUAAUAACUCAAUAUUUUAAUGCAUUACUUUUAAAAGUAACUUUCCCCAACAUUGGUUGCCACCAUUAAAAAAAGCA